UCAGAAAGAAACACUCAGAAGGUUGGUUGGCUUUUCAUUUUUUACCAUCAAUAUCAUCUUAAAUGAAAUAUGUAGAAGUCUAUACAAUAUUUACUAAAGAUUCCCCACUUGACAUAAAACAUCAGGCCAGUAUUUGUAAAGUUGGAUGAAGGAGUAGUUGAAACCAUACAGAUGAGAACAUUAGUAUUUUUCCUUUUUUGUUAAACUAAGACACAAAAGCAAUCAGUUAGGGUUGAAAAUAUUACUGAGAUGUCUUUACUUUCACAGAUACUAAGAUGAUAUUCAAAGAUAGAACCCAUUUGACGGUCAUGUCCUCUCCUCUUUCAGACAUGUCUGUAAACUCGUCUUCAUCCUCCAAUGACUCCCUUCUUCACAGAAACAUUUCCUCCAUUAGCUCUGACCUCAUUUUAUUUUUCUAUUGUCUGACCUCCAAACCAAGCUCCUUCAUCUUCACCACGUUCACCUUAACCAGCAUCCUCUUCCUCCUCCCUCUCUGCAUCUUCAUCAUGUAUCAUGGUCUCCAACAAUGGAGACUAAAUCACUCCACCUCCUCAGCAGCAACCAUGAGUCACUCUGACAGCUUCACCUACAACAUGGUCACCAUGGAGAUGAUUGGUAUCUUUGGGUGUAUCCUCUGCUGUUGUGGUGUCUGCAGUGAUCAUUUAAACAUAUUAUUUGUAGGGUUCUUUCUUUUUUCUUUCACCUGGUUCGGAGAGAGUUUUUUCCACGUCCUGACCUGUGUGGAGCGCUACCUGGCUGUGGUUCAUCCCAUCACCUACCUGAGCCUGAGAACAGAGAGAGGGAUCAGAAUCAGGAACAUCAGCAUCAGCUGUGUCUGGCUAAUUUGUUUUGUAAUUUUAGGCUUAUUGAAGAUGGAAAACUUGGUUGCCAUUGUGAAUUGGUCACUCUUGACAUUAUCUUUAGCCAUAAUCUCUUUCUGCUGCCUUUCUGUUCUCUGUGUUCUGAUUGGUCCAGGUCCAGGGGAACAGGGUGGGGGCAGGAAGAGGGUUGACCAAUCAAAGCAGAGGGCAUUCUACACCAUUCUGGUCAUAUUGGGAGUGCUGGUGUUGAGGUUUACUUGGAAUCUGAUUUGGUCUGUACUGUAUGAGCUGGAAAGUGAUCUCGAAUGUGUGAUAAUGACAACUGGUCUUUGCUUUAAUCUGCCCAGUGCUCUGGUGUUGCCUCUGCUGUUUCUACACAGAGCAGGAAAAUUAGUGUGUUGGAAGAAAAACAUCCAGUGAGGAUCAAGUCGAGAUUUGCAAAAGUAAAAGUAGAACAGAUACACAAAAACAGGCAUAGGGAAAAUUCUGCAGAAACUAUGAGUCAAGAUUAUAUUUCAAUAUGAUCAUGAAGUUAAUUUGACAUCUUGAUUUUUUCACUAACAAAAAGUUAGUAAAUGUAGCACAAUCCAAGGUGGAUUACAACCAGAGAAUGGAAACAAAGCCGUCUGAUAGCGCUGCAUGACGACGUAUUCAUCCGCUUCACUCAACUAGUUCCAGUAACCAGUUCUGAUGAAACGACGAAACGCCGUAAGUCGAGGACGUCGUAAACCGAGGACCUCCUGUAGUGUGAUUCUGUUUGUCAGUUUAUGUAAAAAUCUUUAUUGUGCUUCUGUUUUGUUAAUCUGCUGAAUAAUCAUGUUAUGAAAGAACUAAAUCAUGUAUGUUUUUGACAAAAUUUUCCUGUGUGA